UCACUUUAGAUAUUCCCAGUUUUAUUCAGAGGAGGAGUUUUGCCACUACAACAUGUUUAAUCAUUAUUUCUUUGGGGGAAAGCCAGCCUUUGAAACAUUCCGAACGUUCUUAUGUCAGAACAAGGGAGAGUCUGUUGUUAUGGUGACUGACCCACCAUUUGGCGGCCUAGUGGAGGCUUUGGCCCACAGCUUCAAAAAGAUUGUUGGUGAAUGGAAGACUUCACGGAAUAAAAUUGAAGAUGAGGAGUUGCCAAUAUUUUGGAUUUUUCCAUACUUUUUUGAACCUCGUAUUCGGCAGUAUUUCCCAACGUUGAACAUGUUGGAUUACCAGGUGAGGAGCUUUGCUGCAUGUUCAAUAUUCUCACUAUUU